UAACAAAAUAGCUUAAAUUUUAUUAAUUUAGUUUUUCUCGUAUUACGCCUUAUAGUUUUUUUUUUUAUUAUUAUUUUUUAAUGUGGCCUAGGUCUGGCACUUACGGUAUGCAAUGUCGUGUCACGGUUUUUUUUAGGUACCGGGCUGUACCGACGUACCGUGCCACUGCCCGACCGUAUGCUGUCGGGCCUAGGAUUAUUGGGCUGGAAUGAUAUCCGCUCCUCUGGGUCGGAGUCUAAGAGGGAUCAGCGAUUGGAAUAUUGGAUGACUGAUGUUAGAAAUUUGAAAUUAUGAGAAAACACCACUAAAAAUAGUAAAUAGAAAAUCAGACACCAUUUUUCACCAAAGCUCUGAUUUCCCCACUCAUCAACCCUACGCCAUUGUUGCAGCUUCAAGGUAGGAGAGAGAAAGUAUGGGAGGUCCAGCGACGAAGAGGACGAUAUCACAAGAAGCAUUCGAUGAAAUUGUGAAAGAAAACAUUGAAGAUUAUGAAAUGGAACCUGCUGAAGCUGUUCAAGACGCCAUUGAUUCUCUCACUCUUCAAGGCGUCGAUCUUUCUGGUAUAAUUACCUGUAUACCGGGGGAAAGCUCGGUGGAAGAUAAUCCAGUGAUGAAAUCAAUUGAUGAUUUGAUGAAAUUUCUUGAUGAAUUUGAGGAGAGAGAAUUGCAGAAUUUGACGCCAUUGUUGCGUAACCUUGCCAAUCUUUGUGAUCCUAAUGAUAGCAAGGAUAAAGAUUCGAAUGCGAAUGCGGCGAUUGCUGCUAGAAAUGGAGGAGUGGAAUUGGUGACAUCGAUUUGUGAGAAGGUUUCUGGUAGUGGAAAUGAGGAGGUUGUUGUUGCAGCUCUCUUGGCACUCACUUCUUUGCUUCGUGAUGUUCAGACUGCUCAAACCUUUCACAAGUGUGGUGGCCCGGAUAUAGUCAUAGGCAUUUUGAAUCAAGAUGCUCAAAGUUCUGAGAUAUUGAAUGCUUGUUUUUCUGUCAUUGCUGCCUCGGCAACUGAGAAUGAAAUUCUCAAGGAAGCAUUUGUUAACUUGAAGAUUGAUCAAGUCAUGGUCAACACAUUGAAGGGGGAUAAUAAAGGCAGUUUUCCUAGUAUGUAUGAUUCCAUACGGGUUUUACUGACUCCUGAUGACUUUCGUGUUGCUGCUUCUCAAGUUUAUAGAUAUGCUCGUCAGUUUGCAAAAGCUGGAAUUGCUGAAGCUCUUGUGGAUGCACUCCAGGAGGGCCUCACUUCACCCACUCUAGUUUCUGCAAGUGUUGCUUUGAAGGCUGUUGCUGUAAAUGAUGAAAUUUGCAGAAGUAUAGCCGAUAGGGGUGGUAUUGAUGCUGUUCUCCGAUGUAUUGAUGAUAGUGGUGAACAAUUGAACAAGUCUGUAGCCCGAUCCUGCUGCAUUUUACUGACUAAGUUGGCUGGAAGCGACUACAAUAAGAGUGCAAUAGUGGAGAAAAGAGGUUUGGAUAGAUUGAUCAGCCUCUGUGGCAGAUUUGCAGAUGAGCCAACUGUAAUACAAGAGGUUAUGUAUAUAAUUAGUGUGCUUUCCCUUAGAUCUCCUGAUCAUGCAUCUCGUGCUAUAGAAGCUGGAGCAGGAGAUCUGGCUAUCCAAGCAAUGCAAAGGUUUCCUUAUGCGCAGCAAUUGCAGAGAUAUGCAUGUAUAAUGAUACGGAAUCUUGUGGUCAGAAACCCAGAAAAUAGAAAAAUUUUGCUUGACAAUGGCAUUGAGAAGAUCAUCAGAAAGGGCAAGGAAAACCAUCAGAGUUGUAACGCUGCUGCAACAGAUGCUCUACGAGACUUGGGGCUUGAUAAUUACAACUUGUAACUCCUACUGAUGCUGCGGCACAAGAAUGUUUUCCUCUGGAAUAUAAAGAGAAGGCUCAUGCAUCCAUAAGAAGUAAUUUUCUGCACUCGACUUUAAUCAGACUUGCUGUUAUUGUCAACGUGUCUUUGUGUGAUAGGAUGAAUCUGGCAAGAGAUAGUAUGAAUGAUCAUGUGGAACCUGAAAGCCUGAAGUGGUCUUAUAUUGUUAGCAGUUACUAGCUUCCAUACCUAGCAAUAGCAUGCUUAUGAAUAGAGAAUCAGCUGUCCAACGUUUAGUCUAUAGUCUCUAUACGCUAGUUUUUCUUUUUGGUUCUUUUACACUUCUGCGAAUGGAUCGCAUGUCUUAUCCCUUUAGAGCCAUAUAUUGGAAUCGACCUAUUUGAGAGGAUUACAAAUUUACAAUGCACCUUCUGUAUAGAUUACUUAAGCACCUCUUUGGUUCAGAAACUUUCUAGGUGCUCUUAAACAGAAAAAAUGUCAUGUUCUGGUUGCUUCAUUUUAAAGUUUUUUUAUUUUUUAAAA